UAUAUAUAUAUCCAGUGGAUCUGGCUUUGAGUAUUGGCUUGUCGCUCGAUUAUUUAGUGGAAGCACCAAGUCUCUCGGGAUAGGAUUGAUCAGCAUUAUUUGCUUCUCUGUUGUUGUUGAAGUGAUGGACGUGUUGUCAGCCUUGUUUUCUUCUUAAUUUCCUGCUGCACUAAAUCCAUUUUUUAUGCCCUUUGCAUCAAUUUGCUUUCUGGCAGUUGUAGAGAUCAUCAAAAGAAUGGACAUGUUGCUUUCGACUUCAAAAGAGCCCCCAAUGAAACGCAGAGCUGGUUUGUUUAUAGUUCAGGCUGGACGAGGAUCAUAUCGAGGAAGUUAGUCAGUUAGUUGGUGGUAAAUUCGGUUGCUAUUAUCUGAAAUUUUUCGGAGCUUUUGAUUUCUUUAGAAUAAAAGAAGAAUGGGGGCUGCUUCCUUGAGGCAUUUCUUGGAAAGUCUUUGCUUCAAGUCUCCAUGGAAUUACGCAGUGUUCUGGAAACUUCAGCACCAGUGCCCUACGAUUUUGACAUGGGAAGAUGGAUAUCUGGACAUUCCGUGUGCUAAAGAACCUUAUAGAAGUCUAAUUGACACUCAUUACAGCAGAAACUUGAAUGAGUUAUCCCCAAACUGUGGAUCAAGAUCACAUAAUGGAUAUUUGGGUGAACAUCCAAUUGGUUUAGCCAUUGCUGAGAUGUCAAGUGCUUAUCACAUUGCAGGAAAAGGGGUGGUCGGUGAAGUGGCAUCUUUGGGCAUCACACGCUGGAUUUCUUCCGACAGCCUAGCACCUGCAGAGCUCAGCUUUGGUUCUGUUGCUGAGUGUCCAGAUGAGUGGAUGCUUCAGUUUGUCGCUGGCAUUAAGACUAUAUUGCUGGUACCUUGUAUUCCUUACGGUGUUCUGCAGCUAGGAUCAAUGGAAACGGUAGCUGAAAAUGCGGAGAUGGUUAGCAAUCUAGCUGAAGAAUUUGAUGCCCAUUUCAAAUUUGCGGAGAACUUUUUACCUGGUGGAGAAAGCUGUGAAUUUCUUCUACAGUCUACUCUCUCGGAGAGUUUGAAUAUACCAUCCGCAGCUACCACAAAUAAGGUGAAUGAAGAUGAUGUAGCUGCUGAUAUACCAAUUCUGAAAGAUCACAAAUUAUCAGCUGCAUUUCCGAUGACUUCAUUAAUUGAGGUUCAACAUCCCUUUCAAUUAUCUGGACAACACAUGCAAAAUGUCCUCGAGAAUGAAAAUGAAAGCAAAAUUGGCAAGUUUGUUGAACACGUGCCAAAUUUCCUUGAAAAUGCGAAUGAAAGCGAUAUUGGAGUGCAACAUGUAGACAUGAUUAAUCUAGUGAAGCAACUCGCUCAUGAAUAUUCUGAUGAUAACAGAUCAGGGAUCACAGAAAGCAGCUUUGGUAGAUCUUCUUGCCGUGCAAAAGAUGUAGACGCCUUUUCUUACUCUAGCUGUAAUGCUGGUGGAGUCAAUUUAUCCAAUGAGGUAGAUUUUUACUUUGAUGGAGACAUGCUAGAUCCUCAAUCCCUUGGAAUGGAUUGCAGUAACACUAAUCUCGGAAGUACAAUUCAAAACAACUUGUCUGGCUUUAGCACAAAUACUGCUAGAAAAUCCAUCUAUACUGCAGAUCCUAUGUUUAAUACUGAGCCAUCGUUUGGGGAAUCUAAUGAGUGGCAUCUGAAAGAAGAUAAUGCGGAGAAUCUUCUGGAAGCCGUUGUUGCCAGCGCUUACUGUUUUUCUGAUGAUUAUUCACUCUACAAAAUGGCUGGUCUGGAGUCCUUAAAUCUGCCAGCAGGAAAACCUGUCCCUUUAUGCAAAAGGCAGAAUCAAUCUACAGAAAAUACUUCGGUUGAAAACGACGCAGUUACACGGAGCACUCUUACAUCGGCUUCUGCUGGGGCAGACAAAUAUGCUUCUUCAUUUGAUUGUGCUGUCAGUGCAUUUAAUGAGGGGCAGCAUCAGACAAAAGUCUUUAGCUCUCUGAGUUGUCAUAAGGAGUCAAAGAUAUCUAAUACCAACAAGAAAAGGAGACGCUCUGGUGAUAAUCAUAAGUCCAGACCACGGGAUAGGCAAUUAAUUCAGGACCGGCUUAAAGAGUUGCGGCAACUUGUCCCUAGUGGUGCCAAAUGUAGCAUUGAUGGUUUACUAGAUAAAACCAUAAAGCACAUGUUGUUUCUGCGAAGUGUUACUGAUCAGGCUGAUAAACUAAGGUACCAGGCUCAGACAGAGCAGACAGCCCCUGACAAGAGCCUUCAGUCACCUGGAGUAAAAACUAAUAACCAACAAGGCACCAGUUGGGCUGUAGAACUGGGAAGUGCUGACCAGAUAUGCCCUAUAAUUGUCAAAGAUUUGAAGUACCCUGGACACAUGCUUAUAGAGAUGAUGUGUGACGACCAUGGACGUUUCUUAGAAAUUUCUGAUGUUAUUCACCGCUUGGAGCUGACGAUUUUGAAGGGUGUUAUGGAAAAGCGUUCCGAGACUACCUGGGCUCACUUCAUUGUUGAGGCUUCAGGAAGCUUCCAUAGACUGGAUAUCUUCUGGCCGCUGAUGCAGCUCGUACAGCAGGUGCCAACUUCUGUUUCACGCAACAUGUAGUUGGGUUAUUGAAUUAUGUGGAGAUUUGACGAUUGGAGAGCUCUGUAAUGAACCUGGAUUUAUUUUUUCUAGUUUGUAUUUACCAAAUCGAAUCUGUAAUAGUUCAACCUUGAACGUGUGAUAUUAGUAUGUAACCAUGUGAAUUUGUUAAAGCUUGAAUUCGCUGAGUUUGACAA